GAUUUUGGUGAGAGGGAGCAGCCAGUUUCUUUCCAAGCAGGUUCUUUAAGCCUCAGGGCCCGUAUGUAACAGCCUAGCUUCCCUGCUCCCUAGUCUUUGGUUGGCGACCCAUUUGUCUUCUAGCUUCGGCCCUGGUUUCCUCGGCCUACCUGCGCCCAUUUCAGCCGUUUCCGCACCCUUUUUACCCCCAGUUCCUGCUUCUCCGAAUCAGGAUUCAUUUUCAGCCUUCCAGGCAGCCCCGCGCUUGGCACCAUUAGAUAUUCGAGCGCCUCUAGUGGUAAGGGGGGGCGUAGAGGAGGAGACGCAGAACCUUAGUUCUUAUCUAGAUGAGUCUUAGGAAGGGAACUUGUAGUUUAUUCAGCUGGUGCAGCAUCUGCUGGUUUGUGCCAGCUGUAAUUUUGAUCAAGGCUAUAUAUAUCUGUAUAUAUGUAUAUCUGUCAUACAAUUAAGGAGCCAUUGCUCUUUGCUAACAUCUUAGAGUUAUAAUGAUGUAAUCUACAAAAACAGUAAUGUUGUUUACAUUGAAAAUGCUAAUACCCACCUGUUUUGUUACAGAAGGUAAAGCGCAGUGAAAGAUUUCACGAUGCCACCUAAUAUAAACUGGAAAGAAAUAAUAAAAGUUGACCCAGAUGACCUGCCUCGUCAAGAAGAACUGGCAGAUAAUUUACUGGUUUCCUUAUCCAAGGUGGAAAUAAGUGAGCUAAAACAUGCAAGUCAAGAAAAUGUGAUACACCUUUUCAGAAUUACUCAAUCACUAAUGAAGAUGAAAGCUCAAGAAGUAGAACUAGCUUUGGAGGAAGUUGAAAAAGCUGGAGAAGAACAAGCAAAAUUCGAAAAUCAAUUAAAAACUAAAGUAAUGAAACUGGAAAAUGAACUGGAGAUGGCUCAGCAAUCUGCAGGUGGUCGUGACACUCGGUUUUUACGUGAUGAAAUUCGCCAACUUGAAAAGCAAUUGGAACAAAAAGAUAGAGAAUUGGAGGACAUGGAAAAGGAGUUGGAGAAAGAGAAGAAAGUUAAUGAACAAUUGGCUCUUCGAAAUGAGGAGGCAGAGAAUGAAAACAGCAAAUUAAGAAGAGAGAAUGAGCAACUUCGUCAGGAUAUUGUUGACUAUCAGAAACAAAUAGAUUCUCAAAAAGAAACCCUUUUGUCAAGAAGAGGAGAAGACAGUGACUACCGAUCACAGUUGUCUAAAAAAAACUAUGAACUUGUCCAAUAUCUGGAUGAAAUUCAGACUUUAACAGAAGCUAAUGAAAAAAUUGAAGUUCAGAAUCAAGAAAUGAGAAAAAAUCUAGAAGAGUCUGUACAGGAGAUGGAAAAGAUGACUGAUGAGUAUAACAGGAUGAAAGCUAUUGUACAUCAGACAGAUAAUAUAAUGGACCAAUUAAAAAAGGAAAAUGAUCAUUAUCGGCUUCAAGUGCAGGAGCUUACAGACCUUCUGAAAGCAAAAAAUGAAGAAGAUGAUCCAGUCAUGGCUGCUGUCAAUGCAAAAGUAGAAGAAUGGAAGUUAAUUUUGUCUUCUAAAGAUGAUGAAAUUAUUGAAUAUCAGCAAAUGUUACAUAACCUGAGAGAGAAAUUGAAAAAUGCCCAGCUUGAUGCUGAUAAAAGUAGUGUGAUGGCUCUACAACAGGGUAUACAAGAACGAGAUAGUCAAAUUAAGAUGCUCACUGAGCAAGUGGAACAAUAUACAAAAGAAAUGGAAAAAAAUACUUUCAUUAUUGAAGAUUUGAAAAAUGAGCUUCAAAGAAACAAAGGUGCUUCAACUCUUUCCCAACAGACUCAUUAUAUGAAAAUUCAGUCAAAGGUUCAAAUGUUAGAAGAGAAAACUAAAGAGGCUGAGAGAACAGCUGAACUGGCUGAGGCUGAUGCUAGGGAAAAGGAUAAAGAACUAGUUGAGACUCUAAAGCGAUUAAAAGAUUAUGAAUCGGGAAUAUAUGGUUUAGAAGAUGCUGUUAUUGAAAUAAAGAAUUGUAAAAACCAGAUUAAAAUAAGAGAUCGAGAGAUUGAAGUAUUGACGAAGGAAAUCAAUAAACUUGAGUUGAAGAUCAAUGAUUUCCUCGAUGAAAAUGAGGCACUUAGGGAGCGCGUGGGCCUUGAACCGAAGACAGUGAUUGAUUUAACUGAAUUUAGAAAUAGCAAAAGCUUAAAGCAACAGCAGUACAGAGCUGAAAACCAGAUUCUUUUGAAAGAGAUUGAAACUCUAGAGGAAGAACGACUUGAUCUGAAAAAAAAAAUUCGCCAAAUGGCUCAAGAAAGAGGAAAAAGAGCUGCAACUUCAGGAUUAACCAUUGAGGACCUAAACCUAACUGAAAACUUUUCUCAAGAAAAUAGAGUAGGAGAAAGGAAAUUCGAUUUUGCAAGCCUCAAAAAUAUAAGUGAAACACAAUUAAAGAAUGAAUUUCUUUCAAGAGAACUAAUUGAAAAGGAAAGAGAUUUAGAAAGAGGUAGAACAGUAAUAACCAAAUUUCAGAAUAAAUUAAAAGAAUUAGUUGAAGAAAAUAAGCAACUGGAAGAAGGUAUGAAAGAAAUAUUGCAAGCUAUUAAAGAAAUGCAGAAAGAUCCUGAUGUUAAAGGGGAAACAUCUCUAAUUAUUCCUAGUCUUGAAAGACUAGUUAACGCUAUAGAAUCAAAGAAUGCAGAAGGAAUCUUUGAUGCAAAUCUGCAUUUGAAAGCCCAAGUUGAUCAACUUACUGGAAGGAAUGAAGAAUUAAGGCAGGAGCUCAGGGAAUCUCGGAAGGAGGCUAUAAAUUAUUCUCAGCAGUUGGCAAAAGCAAAUUUAAAGAUAGAUCAUCUCGAAAAAGAAGCCAUUCUUUUACGGCAAUCAGAAGGAUCAAAUGUUGUUUUUAAAGGAGUAGACUUACCUGAUGAGAUAGCACCAUCUAGUGCCAAUAUUAUUAAUUCUCAAAAUGAAUAUUUAAUACGUAUCUUACAGGAACUAGAAUAUAAAGAAAAUAAAUUAAAAAAAUUAGAAGAUUCUCUUGAGGACUAUAACAGAAAAUUUGCAGUAAUUCGUCAUCAACAGAGUUUAUUAUAUAAAGAAUAUCUAAGUGAAAAGGAGACCUGGAAAACAGAAUCUGAAACAAUGAAAGAGGAAAAGAAAAAACUUGAGGAUCAAAUCCAACAAGGUGCUAUAAAAGUAAAAGAAUAUAAUAAUUUGCUUAGUGCUCUUCAGAUGGAUUCGGAUGAAAUGAAAAAAACACUUUCAGAAUAUAGUAGAAAAAUUACAGUCUUACAAGUGAAUGAAAAGUCACUCAUAAGACAAUAUACUACUUUAGUAGAAUUGGAGCGACAGCUUAGGAAAGAAAACGGGAAACAGAAGAAUGAAUUGAUAUCAAUGGAAGCUGAAGUUGGUGAAAAAAUCGGACGUUUGCAACGAUUUAAGGAAAUGGCCAUUUUCAAGAUUGCAGCUCUGCAAAAAGUUAUAGAUAAUAGUGUUUCUUUGUCUGAGCUAGAAUUGGCCAAUAAACAGUACAAUGAACUGACUGCGAAAUACAGGGACAUCUUGCAAAAAGAUAAUAUGCUUGUUCAAAGAACAAAUAACUUGGAACACUUAGAGUGUGAAAAUGCAUCCCUGAAAGAACAAGUGGACUCUAUAAAUAAAGAACUGGAGAUUACCAAGGAAAAACUUUACACUGUUGAACAAGCCUGGGAACAAGAAACUAAAUUAGGAAAUGAAUCAAGCAUGGAUAAGGCAAAGAAAUCAAUAACCAACAGUGAAAUUGUUUCUAUUUCAAAAAAAAUUACUAUGCUGGAGAUGAAAGAAUUAAAUGAAAGGCAGCGGGCUGAACAUUCUCAAAAAAUGUAUGAACAUGCAAGGACUUCAUUAAAGCAAAUGGAAGAACGUAAUUUUGAAUUGGAAACCAAAUUUGCUGAGCUUACCAAAAUCAAUUUGGAAGCACAGAAGGUGGAACAGAUGUUAAGAGAUGAACUAGCCGAUAGUGUGAGCAAGACAGUAAGUGAUGCUGAUAGGCAACGGAUUCUAGAAUUAGAGAAGAACGAAAUGGAACUAAAAGUUGAAGUGUCAAAACUGAGAGAGAUUUCUGAUAUUGCCAAAAGACAAGUUGAAAUUUUAAAUAUACAACAACAGUCCAGGGAAAAAGAAGUAGAAUCUGUCAGAAUGCAACUGUUAGACUAUCAGGCACAGUCUGAUGAAAAGGCACUAAUUGCCAAGUUGCAUCAACACGUCGUCUCUCUUCAAAUCAGUGAGGCUACUGCGCUUGGCAAGUUGGAAUCAGUUACAUCUAAACUGCAGAAAAUGGAGGCCUGUAAUUUGCGCUUAGAGCAGAAACUUGAUGAAAAGGAACAGGCUCUCUAUUAUGCCCGUCUGGAGGGGAGAAACAGAGCAAAACAUCUGCGCCAAACAAUUCAGUCUCUCCGACGACAGUUUAGUGGAGCUUUACCCUUAGCACAGCAGGAAAAGUUCUCUAAAACGAUGAUUCAAUUACAAAACGACAAACUUAAGAUAAUGCAAGAAAUGAAAACUUCUCAACAAGAGCAUAGAAAUAUGGAGAACAAAGCAAUGGAAAUGGAAUUAAAGUUAAAGGGGCUGGAAGAGUUAAUAAGCACUUUAAAGGAUGCCAGGGGAGCCCAAAAGGUAAUCAGUUGGCAUAUGAAAAUAGAAGAACUACGUCUUCAAGAGCUUAAACUAAAUAGAGAAUUAGUCAAGGAUAAAGAAGAAAUAAAAUAUUUGAAUAAUAUAAUUUCUGAAUAUGAGCAUACAAUCAGCAGUCUGGAGGAAGAAAUUGUGCAGCAAAACAAGUUUCAUGAAGAAAGGCAGAUGGCCUGGGAUCAAAGAGAAGUUGAGCUAGAACGUCAACUAGACAUUUUUGACCAUCAGCAAAAUGAAAUACUAAAAGCAGCACAAAAGUGUGAAGAGGCAACAGGAUCAUUGCCAGACCCUAGUUUGCCCCUUCCAAAUCAACUUGAGAUUGCUCUAAGAAAAAUUAAGGAAAACGUUCGAAUAAUCCUAGAAACACGGGCAACUUGUAAAUCACUAGAAGAGAAGCUAAAAGAAAAAGAAUCUGCUUUACGGUUAGCAGAGCAAAAUAUUCUGUCGAGGGACAAAGUCAUCACUGAACUAAGGCUUCGAUUGCCUGCCACUGCAGAACGUGAAAAGCUUAUAGCCGAACUAGGCAGAAAAGAGGUAGAACCAAAAUCACAUCACACACUGAAAAUUGCUCAGCAGACCAUUGCAAAUAUGCAGGCAAGGUUAAACCAAAAGGAAGAAGUGUUAAAGAAGUACCAACAUCUUCUGGAAAAAGCAAGAGAGGAGCAAAGAGAAAUUGUUAAGAAACAUGAAGAAGACCUUCAUAUUCUUCAUCGUAAAUUAGAACUACAGGCUGAUAGUUCACUCAAUAAAUUCAAACAAACAGCUUGGGAUUUAAUAAAACAGUCCCCUACUCCAGUUCCUACCAACAAGCAUUUUAUUCGUCUGGCUGAGAUGGAACAGACAGUAGCAGAACAAGAUGAUUCUCUCUCCUCACUUUUAGCCAAACUAAAAGAAGUAUCUCAAGAUUUAGAGAGACAAAAAGAAAUCACUGAAUUAAAAAUCAAAGAAUUUGAAAAUACCAAAUUGCGGCUCCAAGAAAACCAUGCAUAUGAAGUGAAAAAAGUGAAAGCAGAAGUAGAAGAUUUAAGGUGUCUUCUGGCCCAGUCACAAAAGGAGUCACAGAGUUUAAAAUCUGAACUUCAGGCUCAAAAAGAAGCAAAUUCAAGAGCUCCAACAACUACAAUGAGAAAUCUAGUAGAACGGCUAAAGAGCCAGUUAGCCUUGAAAGAGAAACAACAAAAAGCACUUAGUCGAGCACUUUUGGAACUCCGGACAGAAAUGACAGCAGCAGCUGAAGAACGUAUUAUUUCUGCAACUUCUCAGAAAGAGGCAAACCUCAAUGUUCAACAAAUGGUUGAUAGACAUACUAAAGAGCUAAAGUCACAAAUUGAAGACUUAAGUGAAAAUCUUUUAAAGUUGAAAGAAGCUCUUAAAACAAGUAAAAACAGAGAAAACUCAUUAACUGAUAAUUUGAAUGACUUAACCAAUGAACUGCAAAAAAAACAAAAAGCUUAUAAUAAAAUGCUUAGAGAGAAAGAUGGAAUUGAUCAAGAGAAUGAUGAACUGAAAAGGCAAAUUAAAAGACUGACCAGUGGAUUACAGGGAAAAUCUCUGUUAGAUAAUAAACAAAGUUUAAUUGAAGAACUCCAAAAGAAAAUUAAAAAGCUAGAAAGCCAACUGGAAAGAAAGGUGGAUGAGGCAGAAAUAAAGCCUAUGAAAGAAAAGAGUGCCAAAGAAGAAUUAAUUAGGUGGGAAGAAGGUAAAAAAUGGCAAACCAAAAUAGAAGGAAUUAGAAACAAGUUAAAAGAGAAAGAGGGGGAAGUGUAUAUUCUAACAAAGCAGUUAAAUACUUUGAAGGAUCUUUUUGCCAAGGCUGACAAAGAGAAACUUACUUUGCAGAGGAAACUAAAAACAACUGGCAUUACUGUUGAUCAGGUUAUGGGAGUGCGAGCUUUGGAGUCAGAAAAAGAGUUGGAAGAAUUGAAAAGGAGAAAUCUUGACUUAGAAAAUGACAUAUCAUAUAUGAGAACCCGUCAAGCUCUUCCUCGAGAUUCUGUCAUAGAAGAUUUACAUUUACAAAAUAGAUACCUCCAAGAAAAACUACAUGUUUUAGAAAAACAGUUUUCAAAGGAUGCAUAUUCUAGACCUUCAACUUCAGGAAUAGAGUCAGAUGAACACUGUCAAAGAGAACAAGAGCUUCAGAGGGAAAACUUAAAGCUGUCAUCUGAAAAUAUUGAACUAAAAUUUCAGCUUGAACAAGCAAAUAAAGAUUUGCCAAGAUUAAAGAAUCAAGUAAGAGAUUUGAAGGAAAUGUGUGAAUUUCUUAAGAAAGAAAAAGCAGAAGUUGAGCGGAAACUUGGCCAUGUUAGAGGGGCUGGUAGAAGUGGAAAGACAAUUCCAGAACUAGAAAAAACCAUUGGUUUAAUGAAAAAAGUAGUUGAAAAAGUCCAAAGGGAAAAUGAACAGUUGAAAAAAGCAUCAGGAGUACUGACCAGUGAAAAAAUGGCUAAUAUUGAGCUGGAAAAUGAAAAGUUGAAGGCUGAAUUAGAAAAACUUAAAGUUCAUCUUGGACGUCAGUUGAGCAUGCACUAUGAAUCCAAGACCAAAGGCACAGAGAAAAUUGUUGCGGAAAAUGAAAGACUUCGUAAAGAACUUAAAAAAGAGACUGAAGCUGCAGAGAAAUUGCGGAUAGCUAAGAAUAAUUUAGAGAUAUUAAAUGAGAAGAUGACAGUUCAACUAGAAGAGACUGGCAAGAGAUUACAGUUGGCAGAAAGUAGAGGUCCACAGCUUGAAGGUGCUGACAGCAAGAGCUGGAAAUCAAUUGUUGUUACAAGAAUGUAUGAAACCAAGCUGAAAGAACUGGAAACUGACAUUGCCAAAAAAACGCAAAACCUUACUGAUCUUAAACAGCUUGUAAAACAAGCAACAGAGAGGGAACAAAAAGCUAAGAAAUACACUGAAGACCUGGAGCAACAAAUUGAGAUUCUCAAACAUGUUCCUGAAGGUGCUGAGACAGAGCAGAGCCUUCAACGGGCGCUUCAAGUUCUAAGAUUAGCUAAUAGACAGCUGGAAAAAGAAAAGGCAGAAUUAAUCCAUCAGUUAGAAGUUAACAAAGACCAAAGUGGAGCUGAAAGCACCAUAUCUGAUCUUGAUCAACUAACGGAAAAGGUAAAAGAUUUAGAGACACAGCUCAAAACCUCAGAUAUAGAAAAGCAGUAUUUGAAGGAGGAAAUAAAAAAGCUGAAAAAAGAACUGGAAAACUUUGAUCCUUCAUUUUUUGAAGAAAUUGAAGAUCUGAAGUAUAAUUAUAAAGACGAAGUGAAAAAGAAUAUUCUCUUAGAAGAGAAGUUAAAAAAACUUUCUGAACAAUUUGGAGUUGAAUUAAGCAGUCCCGUUGCUGCUUCUGAACAGUCUGAAGAUGAAGAGGAAAGUCCUGCUAAUUUCCCCAUUUAUUAAGGACCACCUAUAACUGUAGUUUUAUUUAUUUAUUAACUUUGUAAGUUAAAACUCCAUCAGGAAAUCAAGUCUCUGACCUACAUGAUUUCCAUCUCCAUAUCCUGUACCUUGGAAGGUUUAGUAAAAUUUACUAGAUAUCCAAUUUAAAAUUGGAAAUUUACUAAAAUUUAGUGAAUUUUAAAUUUAGUAAUUUAAAAUAUGAAAUUUUAAACAUUCAAAAAGUAUAUUUUUUUAGAUUUUUAAAUUAUGUCUAUCAAAUGAGCUAUGAUGAAUUUCUGUACAUUCAUAAUAUUUAAAUUUUUUAAAGAGUAUGAGGGUGAACUUUAAUAAUUUUAACAUUUAAAAUUGGACUUUUACAUAUACUUACAUACUUAUAUAAGACUAAUUUUAUAUAUAUGUACAUGUAUAUAAACACGUUAUGAGGUUACAGCUAUAUGUUAAGUGUCUAGUAAGAUUAAAUUGUUUUUUAAAUUCUUUAAUUCUCAAAAUUAAUGAUCCAGAAUUGUUUAACUGCUGUUUUUAAAUUACUACCCAGUAAUGGUAGACAGAAUCCAACCUUUGUACAAGGUGGGGAGAUUACUAUUACAUUUUUUUAAGUUUAGUGGUUGAAAUUCAUUUGCUGCUUCUAAAUAAAAUCUUGAAUAGACAUU